UGUAUCGUUUCCCUCCUUCAGAACCAAACUCAACAAUGGUUUUAUUCGUUCUCUAUCUAAGUUCUUCAGAAGCUCCACUUUAGAUGUAUAAAUAGAUUGAGAGAGAAACAGUUUCUUCACGAACCAGAAGAAGAAGUAACAAUGGGUGUACAAUCAGAUGGUCAAGAUGAUAUAUCUUAUAUUAAGGAUCUAAGACAACAACUUGAAACUCGUAUAGAGAAUCAACGAUCAACCCAAAGAGACCUAAUUUCUUCGAUACAAACCCUAAUUCCUGAUAUUGUUUCUUCUAUUGAUCUUUCUCUUAAAGUUGUUACUACUUUUAACGUUCGUGACUAUACUUCAGCUCCUAUCCCGAAACCUAACCCUAACCCUAAUUUGAAAACUUCACCUUCAAAUCUUCCAAGUCAUCAACUUUCUAGAAACCCUUCUAUUGAAUCAAAAACAACAAUUCUUCAAAACCCUAGUUCUUCAAAACCCACACCACCUGUAGUUCAUCCUUCUAUUGAUGAUGACGAGACUGAUAAAUUCUCAGCUGUUGUUGAUUCUAGUGGAAGCCCAUUGUCGAUUGUCAGAGCAAUGGUUGCUGUUUGCUUAUUGGAGAGAGUACCUUUUACGCCGAUUGAUUCGUCGGCUGUUUUGAGAAAACUGGAAAAUGAUUCUUCUGCUACUUCAGCUGAGAAAUCUGCUUUGCUUGAGCUUGGUGGUGAAACUGGUGCUAUAUUAGCUGUCGAGAUGGCUUUGAGAUCAAUGGCUGAUGAAAAUGGGGGAGUUGAUUUAGAAGAGUUUGUAAUUAGUGGGAAAUCUAGGGUUAUGGUUUUAGGGAUUGAUCGAACUCGGCUAGUUAAGGAAUUGCCGGAAAGCUCUCAACUUCAGCAACCCGAGGAACUCAAUUCAACAAAUGAGAGUCAAAAUCAAAAUCAACCAGUGAUUACAAGUGGAGCUGAAGUUUAUGGGAUGGGAGGAUCGAUUCCUAGGCCACAGGAUAUGUGGUUUGGAGGUGACCCUAGUUUAUCAGGUAUGCCACCAAUUUUCCCUGGAGGCCCACGGUCUAUGAUGGGGACUAGGGGUGGGCCGAGAGGAAUGGGGUUAAUGGGAAUGCCGAGAAUGAUGUCACCUUUUCAUAGACCACAAAUGAUUCAAAAUCCGACAACGGGUAGUCCAAAUUUGACAUCUUUAAAGCCAAGAACAGAAGAAGAGGAUAUGAAGGAUCUCGAGGCAUUGUUGAAUAAGAAGUCUUUCAGGGAAUUGCAGAAGUCUAAGACUGGAGAGGAACUUUUAGACCUAAUUCAUCGCCCAACUGCCAAAGAAACAGCUGUUGCCGCGAAGUUCAAAAGCAAAGGUGGUUCUCAAGUGAAGAUGUAUUGUACGGCUUUAACCAAAGAAGACUGCCGACGCCAAGCUGGUUCUUAUAUCGCAUGUGAAAAGGUUCAUUUUAGGCGCAUAAUUGCUCCACACACUGACAUCAAUUUAGGGGACUGCUCUUUUCUGGAUACUUGUCGACACAUGAAGACAUGCAAGUAUGUUCAUUAUGAGCUCGAUUCAAGUCAAGAUGUGCCAGACAUGAUGAUGGGGUCAGCACAACCCACUAAAAGUAUAAGGCCCCUACGUCCAGAAUAUUGUUCAGAUGCUGAACUUGGUGCAUCACAAUGGAUUAACUGUGAUAUACGUAACUUUAGAAUGGAUAUUCUUGGUCAGUUUGGAGUAAUCAUGGCAGAUCCACCCUGGGACAUUCAUAUGGAGUUGCCUUAUGGAACUAUGGCCGAUGACGAAAUGCGAAAUCUUAAUGUUCCUGCAUUGCAGACAGAUGGUCUUAUUUUUCUUUGGGUCACUGGACGUGCCAUGGAGCUCGGACGCGAGUGCUUAGAACUGUGGGGAUAUAAGCGUGUUGAAGAGAUCAUUUGGGUGAAGACUAAUCAACUUCAAAGAAUUAUCAGAACAGGGAGAACAGGUCAUUGGCUCAAUCACAGCAAGGAACAUUGCCUUGUUGGGAUAAAGGGGGAUCCACUAGUAAACAGGAACAUUGACACUGACGUCAUUGUUGCUGAGGUUAGAGAGACGAGCCGUAAACCAGACGAGAUGUACCCUUUGCUGGAAAGGAUAAGUCCGAGAACAAGAAAGCUGGAAUUGUUCGCUCGAAUGCACAACACACAUUCAGGGUGGAUGUCACUUGGUAAUCAAUUACAAGGUGUUCAUUUAGUUGAUGAAGGGUUGCGAGCAAGGUUUAAGGCCGCAUACCCAGAAGUUGAAGUGCAACCAUCAUCACCCCCGAGGACUUCUGCAAUGGACAUCGACGCAGAGGCGACCCCAUUGGAGCCCUAUACUUCUGAAGAGAAGCUAAUGUCUAACACAGAUGUUGAAAUGGUUGGCUAGUUUCUCCACUGUUGUUGUUGUCACUAUUAAUGACUACAGUUUUGUUUUAGUCAUGUAAUUUUGUUAGGAAAGCCUUUGGCCUUUUCACUUUUUUUUUUUUGUUAGGUCUGUAUGGUCUAGAAGUCCGGAAGGUGUUUUGUAAUUUUAGAAGGUUCUCAUCAUGCGGAGGAAUGCUUGUACAUGUGCGUACUGCGUCUCAUGUACAUGUGCAAUCCCAUUUUCAGGCUGGCUCUGUAAAUUGUUUAUUAUUAUUAUUAUUAGUUUAUUUUUGAAGAAUUGUUCAUUUU